CUGAUGCGCGUUACUCUUUUUUCUUCUCCCAGCCAAAGCAAAUCCGACCGAACAACAUCCACCACCACACCACCGCCGGCGAUCCCCGACCACUCUCCUCCUGCUCCAUCCAUCACCGCCGCAUCCUCCUCCAUCUUCUUAAUUGAUUCUUUAGUUUAGAGAGCUAUCUCCAUCCAUCCUUCUCCACAAACCCUAAUUGUUGUAACUUAUAAGAGGAUAGCGAAACCUCGGCAAGAGUUCACGUUUACAGUGAAGCUACAACUACUAGCUUGUCAAUUUCACAGAACAAUGGGUAAUGCUAAGAAAGGACCCAAAUUUGCUGUUAUGAAGAAGAUGGUCACUUCCAAAGCAAUCAAAAACUAUAAAGAAGCGGUUUUGAACCCAGAAAAGAAGAACACUCUUAAAGAAAAGUUACCCAGAAAUGUUCCUACUCAUUCUUCGGCACUUUUCUUUCACUACAAUACUGCUUUGGGACCUCCUUAUCGUGUUUUGAUCGAUACCAACUUCAUCAAUUUCUCCAUUCAGAAUAAGUUGGAUUUGGAGAAAGGAAUGAUGGACUGCUUAUUUGCAAAAUGUACCCCGUGUAUCACAGACUGUGUGAUGGCAGAACUAGAGAAGUUGGGCACAAAAUAUCGUGUAGCUCUAAGGAUUGCCAAGGAUCCUCGAUUUGAGAGAUUACUCUGUACUCAUAGGGGUACCUAUGCUGAUGACUGCCUUGUUGACAGAGUUACCGAGAGUAAGUGCUUCAUUGUCGCGACAUGUGAUCGAGACUUGAAGAGGAGGAUCCGGAAGAUUCCUGGUGUGCCAAUAAUGUACAUCACCAAACAUAGAUACUCAAUUGAGCGGUUGCCUGAAGCAACAAUUGGUGGAGCACCUAGAAUCUGAUGCAGUAAAACAGGGAAAGCUAUGCCUACCAAAAAUUUUGUCACUCCUUUUCUAUAUUUAGAAGCAAUGGUACCAUGCAUGUUUGAUCCUUUUGCUGUCUGGAUUGGAAUCUAAUUGAAGCUCGACAGUGAUCAAAUAGCAACUCUACAAUGGUUGAUCCGUUAAAUUUCCUUAGUAUAACUUGGUAGUUUUUUGGUGUUGUCAAACAUUUUUCUUUUUACCUAGGUUUUGCCUUACAGAUGUAUCAUCAAUGUGAACUUUUGGAGUUUGGAGAGUGCCUAAUAUUUAUUAUAGCUUAUGGCAUUUUUCAUAGUUAUAGAUAUAAACCUAUUUUUUAUGGCAUCCUUUAUGUUUGAAAAAGAAAGUGUUUUAGUUGAAUCUGAAUCGUAGGGUUCAUCCUUCUCACAUA